AUGGGAUGUUCAUUUAGUAAACAUCCUUCUUCAUAUAGAGGAUUCAGAGAGGAUUUUCGAGAAACAAGAAAUAUAUAUGGGAAUUUAAAUACUAGAACACAUAUCCCUACAUGUAAUUUAUGUAGACGAAACAACUCUUUAAAAAUACCGAGAGUGUGUACUUGGGUUUCUGAUCAUCCUAUUACAAUGUCUAAUUUAAUACGUCGACGAAAAGAAUUUUGGGAAACAGCAGCAUCAUAUGGAGGUAGUCUUGAGAUUUGGAAUACUCUUCGACUUGUUCUUGAAACAAUACCUGAAAGUCUUACUACAGCUCAAACGAUUAUUAAUACAGCAGGGAUUAUUCUUCCUACAGGUGAUUUAAUAGAUGGAUGUUAUGAUCAGCGAGGAUCUUAUUAUUUUAUUCCUCCUUAUAUAUUUUCUGAACCAACCAACUUAAUAUCAGAGAAUCCAGAACAGUCUAAAAAUGAUAAAUUAAAUUCUAUUAUAGAAAAUGAAGAAAAUACAAAGUUAAGCGAAUCACAGGAUUCUCAGAUUAAAAAUGAACAUGUAAACGAGAUUAUUGUUAGAUUAUCAGAUACAUCUAAAGAUAUUUUAAUAAAAAUUGAUUCUAAAAAUUCUAUAGCAGAUAUGAAACAGCAUGUUGCAAAAAUUGCAGGUAUUAAAAAACCUAUGCAUUUUUUUCUUUUGGGUAAAAUGUUAUCGGACGAGAAAUCUUUGAUUGAUCAAGGCUGGAAAGAAGGAAGAGUUGUUCAAGCUUUAAUUUUAGGAUAAUAUAUAUGACACAUUAAAAUAUUUUAUCUUACAAAUGCCUUUAUUUAAGGAUUUAUUAUCAUUUUAUAGACAU